CUGGUUGAAAGACUCCAUUCCCAAGUUCUUUUCUGGGAACUGAUCUUGUACUAGGAUGGAGUUGAACAAAUCAUUUUCCAUCCUAUAUGAUGCUAACUAUUUUGGAGGUUUUAUCCGUAUCAUCGAUAAGGGAAGAGAUUCUUUAUAUAUUCCACAAGGUCGUAACGGUUUAGGGAUUAAAAGAUUUUUGACAUGUAUUAUCAAAGCUAUUUCUUUGACAAAAACAAAAUUGGAUGCUAAGCAGUCACAUCUUGUGCUUGGACAGACUUCAGCUAAGGUCACAUUAGAUAAACCUUCAAAUGGUUUCGGGAUGGAUCUCUUGCCCCUUGCUAAUUGGUUGGCUGGACAUGAUAAAUCUGACAUUUCCAUUUUUGGAGGCUUAUUUCAUAUUGACAUUGAGGAAUCUGAUUCUUCUAAAUCGUUGGAAUUGCUCUCCAAUGUCAACAUCCACUACUCUACUCAACCCCCUGGUUUUGACUCUUUAAAAGAAUUCAUUCAAACUACUAUGAAUGAAGGGGUUCACUUACUUUCUCAAUUUUUAAUCAAAGAAUUCGAAAGAAUACUCAACUCCGCUUUGAGUAAUUUUUUGAACAGGCCAGCUGAUCAAGAGAAAGUUGAUGAUUGUGCAAAUAGAGAGGUCCACCUUUCAAGGGAUGUUGUUACAGAUAAUCAAUUUUUGAAGCUUUUGAUAGUGAGGGUGCUUACAUCGAGAAGGGAUUUACACAUUCAGGGGAUGAUUUUCUUGGUCAUGCCUCCGAAAGCGAUUAGAGGGCUCCUAUUUCAUUGAUGGAAGAUUUAUGGGACUGAUACGAAUGGAGAUAUCUGUAACAAAGCUCAAUUUGUCACGAUAGAUAACUGCUUGCCUACACAGAACUUGAACACUCAAAUUAAGAUUUACCGAAAAGAGAAGCAGCGGUCGCAUCAUAUGAGAACUAGAUCCCAAACACAAGUGAAGUUUUGAAGGCUGGACCGAACUCUUUGUGUUAUUAUGGGUGGGACAAUUUGUAAUAUUUCGGGUCGAAAUUUUAUUUGUCUUUUUCUUGUUUUUUCACUCUUGUAAUUUUUCUACUUUAAUAAAUUCCUGUGUGUGUAAAUGUAACAUAGGCCUUUCCAAAUUUUAAUUGAAUAUGUACUAAUGGUGAAAAAAGAAAGAUAAAAGUAGAAAUUAAGUCAAAA